AUGUUUAAUCUCGCGAUGUUCAAGAUAUGCAAAUCCGUUGGUCUUUUCUUCCUUCUUUUAUGGAUUGCGUUGUUGGUAAGAUUAAGCGAUUUUAAUUAUCGAAAAAAGAAGAAUACUUUUACGAAUAAUAUUAGCAUUCCACAUGGUAAUGCAGCGCUGAAGUCAAAUGUGGAUGUAUUCGCAAGACAAUUAUCGGCGCUAUCGGAAAUCGUGAAUCAUUAUUGUCCAAAAACUCAACUACAGGGUAGCAAUAAUAAAAAUCCCGCAGUCCAGAAAUAUGUUUCUGAAAUAUAUUCAGAAUUAAACGAUUUAAAAGUAAUAAAACGUUGUGUUAAUAUGACAUUCUUGUUUAGAGAUGAUAUAAGUACUGAUCUUAGCAGAUAUAAUUCGUUUCUUACCCUAUUAUAUAAUGAUAUGGAAAGAAAAUUAUCAAAAAACUUAGCUUUAAUAGCCGAUAGAUAUAGGUUUCCGAAGGAAGAUAAAGAGAAAUUGUGGAAAGAAUGCAAAGAAGGAAUUGAAAAAGAAUUUAAAGAAGUAAACGAUUAUUAUAAUAGUAUUUGUAAGGAUUAUGAGAAUACUUUGAUAAUACCGGGUUUUCUUUUUAACAUAAAAUUGGAAAAAUAUAUUAAAUUGUGGAAAAAAGUUGCAUAUCGAAAUGAAAGAAAAUGGAUUGACACUUUUGAGAGGAGAAUAAGUAAAUAUUACAAGAGCAAAGUAAAAAUUUGA